CUUCCACAUAAGAACGAACCGAGUAGCUUGAGGGCUUGACAUUCUGCAAUGUCCUGCUAAAUGGACUGCGCGUACCGUCAACUGCUCGAAACCAACACGAGGGUAAUCCUGCUUGAAAGCGAACUGAGAGAAGAUGCGAAGAAACAUCGACCCAAUAAGCAUCAUAUCUCAAAAAAAAACCAUCUCGUAAACCACCACCUCUGUUUUUUCGGACGACGAUGGAAAAAGUAGAGCAGAAGAAGCAUCGACCCAAUAAGUCAGAGUUCCACGGUUUGAAUGCCGUAGAGAUGAUCAGGUUCAACUACAAGAGUGAUGGUGCAAGUUUCCUCUGUCAUAGCCUUUACAUGUUCCCCUGCUUGAAAGAGUUAAAUCUAAUCAACUUGAACAUCAAAGUGAUCCCAGAUGAUGUAUGCUCCUUGCAAUCCCUAGAGAAGCUGGACUGGAGCGGCAACGGACUUUACCAGAGACCAUGAAUCAACUUCCCAGGCUGAAACACGUUAGCCUUUGUAACUGCAGCAGACUUAAAGCACUUCCGGAACUAGUUGGGUUGGAGACUAUCAAACUCUCUGGCUGUAUGAGUCUCCAAUCAUUGUUGGAAACUUCUCUUGUUGAACUAGGUUUGGGCAGAUAGAUAACAAGGGCUUGAGCUUUUGGUUGACGGCUGCAAGAACAUUCAGACAAUAUCAGACCAGAUUAGACAUCUUACCAAACUAUCUUAUCUAGAUCUUAGUAGCCAUGAGUUUGAGACAUUGCCUUCAAGUAUCAGAGAAAUUUCUUCUUUGGGAACUCUCUGCAUUAAUAAGUGCAAGAAACUCAAAUCGGUACAAGGAGUUCCAUUGUCCCUCAACUAUCUCUACGCACAUGGCUGUGAAUGUUUCCCUUCCUUUGGAUCAUUCUAUAAAGCACCUUGAUCUUAGCCAUUGCUUCUGUUUAAAUCAAGAUGAGCAUCUGAUCACUCAGUUUCUUAGCGAGGGACAAAACGAAGAGGAGUCAAUGCGAUUCGCUUGCUUUCCUGGAACCGAGGUGCCAAGUUACUUUGGUGAUCAAGAGACUAGGACGUCCAUAACACUUGAAGUUUUGCCAUCCCCCAAAGUUAUGGCUUUUGAUGGGUGUGUCUUGCUUGCUUGCUUGAGUCCCUUUCAUCUGCAGUUCUCGCCAUUUUCGUAUAACUGGUGUUGGGAAGUUGACUGGAUCUUUCGGUUGGAACUUAGACCUGAUUUCUUUCAUUCUCAUGAUGAGAGUAGUUUUCAUACUUUCCAAGAAGAAGCUGUUGAAUCAGAUCACCUGGUCAUCUUGAGGGCGUCAAAGACACUAGGAGAAGACAUCGACAGUUUCCGCUUCAAAUCCGAUCUGCUAUUCUCAGAGGAGUUUAAGUGUCUCCCUGCAGAGAUAAAAUCAUGUGGAGCUCGCUUGAUUCUGGAAGAUGAACAAGCAGACCUGGAGAAUAAGACUUGUCAGAUCCCUUCUUCUUUUUGA